CAAGCCAUUCCUCCGAAUCAGCCAGCCAUGCCUUCUCGAUCGCAGUCGUCAGGCGUUCUCUUGACCCUAGCUGCCAUCUCGGCUUCUCUCCUUGCCACGGGAGCUUCGGCAGAGACCGUUCUAGGCGCAUAUAUCUUUUCUCGCCAUGGAGAUCGGACGUCAAAGUCGACUCCGCCAACGGUCCUGACAGACCUCGGCUACAGUCAGGUCUACGUGACCGGCCAGUACUACCGCGAGAGAUACCUUUCGAACUCAUCGGGAUCCCGAAUCAAAGGUAUCAACCCGGAUAUUAUCACCCCGGGCCAAUUGGCUGCGUUUGCUCCCGCGGAUGAAGUCCUCCAGAAUUCUGCGACUGCCUUCUUCCAAGGUCUCUAUCCACCGGUUGGAAAUGUUGCAAAGUCAACUCUUCGCAAUGGUACAGAUAUCGAAGCCCCUAUGAACGGCUACCAGCUAAUGGCCAUUGAGCAAACCUUUGCUGGCGGAAACAGCGAGAAGCUCGCCUGGCUUCAGGGCGCCAGCAAGUGCCACAAUGCCAAAGUUAGCAGUAAUAACUACUUCAUUUCUGAGCCCUAUAGGGAGCUGUUGGGCUCAACCACCGAUUUCUACAAGUCUCUCGCGCCAAUGGUCAAAAACACCUUCUCUCAAGACCAGAUCACUUACAAGAACGCAUAUAUCAUCUUCGACCUCCUUAAUGUUGCAUCUAUCCACAACUCCAGCGAUAAUUUCCCUUCUUCCGAACUUCUGACCGAUUCCACCUACUCUCGCUUGCUUGAACUCGCCAAUAUUCAUGAAUUCAAUCUGGCAUAUAACGAAUCAGAGCCCAUUCGUGCAGUCAGCGGUUCAGUCCUAGCGGGCGAGAUCCUUACUGCAUUCAAAGAUCUCAUCUAUUCAAAAGGCGAAGCCACCAAGCUCAACGUUCAGUUUGGUGCCUAUGCUACCUUCCUCUCCUUCUUUGGUCUCACCGAGCUGUCAAAGGCCUACAAUGACUUCAACGGGAUUCCCGACUACGCAUCCGCCAUGGCAUUUGAGCUCGUGACAGACUCGUCUAGCUCGUCUUUCCCCGACCCCUCGGACAUCAGUGUGCGAUUCCUCUUCAACAACGGGUCAAUUCCCUACGGCAGUAAACCGUCUGAAUUCGCCCUGUUUAACCAGCCCAAGACUGUUCUGCCCUGGUCAGAAUUCUCAGCACUUAUGGAGAAAAUCAGCCUAUCAUCUAAGAAGGAAUGGUGCAAGGCUUGCGGCAGCACAAGUGGUGAAUGUGCUCCGAAUCGCCUGGGAGCCGAACCUGUAAUCACCCAGGACAGAGAUCUGUCCACGACCCAGGCCGGUGUUGUUGGCGCAAUGAUCACGAUGGGUGCUAUCCUUGCUGCCCAGGCCCUCUUUAUGCUGAUCGGAGGCUUUAGAUUUGUGCGAAAAUCCAAAGUUGUUCAAGUCAAUGAGGUGGCGGAGAAGAAUGUGGUAUGAUAAAGGCUUAAGUAAAUAACCAAUGCAGCAAGAGAGAUAUAAAGAAAUUCUCAACUUCGGCAUAUUAUGACAGCGAAUGUGACUUCCCCUUAAAGAUAAACAUAAUAGAAGAUCACCAUCGCCUGU